AUGGGCUUAAUUCUGAACCUUGAUAUAAUUUCCGAGAUCCUAAAUUUCCUCAAGUACGAUCAAAACUCCUUGCAUUCAUGUAUCCUGUUAAAUACUUCAUGGUGCAAAGUCGCUAUUCCAUAUUUAUGGAAAUUUGUUAUAAACGAUUAUUAUUUUCAAGAUGCCAAUAAUAAAAAGAGUGCAUUGAUUACACGUACCAUAAUUUCUUGUAUGACACCACAAGCCCGUGAGACUUUAAGGUAUAACGGAAUUCAAUUGCCAUUCUAUCCAAAGAAACCCUUAUUCAACUAUCCAAAGUAUUGGCGAAAGCUUUCACCUCUCCAAAUUGAAUCGAUGCGACGGAAUAUACUUGAUAAUGGCGAGAUGAAAACGAGGAGACAAGUCGCCGAUGAUGGUAGACUAAGAACCAAUCAAUAUCUGGAAAUCCUGGUCGAAAAGGAACUUUACAAAUUGUUCAUAUCAAGUUGUCCAAAUAUUCAUCACCUGAUUUUAUCCAAAUACUCGUUAAUUAAAUUCCCGUGUCUCACCAGGUGUCUUGAAUUCUUAAGAAUAUUUGAAUACGGAGACAUGAAAAAUUAUGUAAACGAAUCGCUCUUCUCUUCGAUUUAUUCUGUACGCUUCUUAGAAUUAUCUGAGAUAUGUCAUAACGUCGAAAGACUAAUCCUCAGAAAGUAUAAUCGUUACUUAGAGGACAAUAGAGGACUGGUGAAAUUUAUUCAAUCUCAGAGAAGUUUAAAAUUCGUGGAAUUAGAAUAUCAUGAAGGCGUUACUGACAAAAGAAACCAAAUUGCUACUACUUGGACCUCAUUGGUCGAAACAGCUCUAAUAUCAAAAUCAAGCUCCAUAACGCACUUAAGCUUUAAAAAUGGAUUUUGCAUCAAACCAGAAUCUUUUACCAACUUAAAAUUCCUAAAGGUACACGGAAUUAAGAUCUGGUCGACAGGAUUGUCAAAUUCGUGUCAUUUUCCAAACCUUGAAAUUUUACAUGUUUUCCAUGAUGAUAUAACUCCUUUCAACACCUAUAUCGAUAUCAUCUCAAGAACCGGAAAGACACUUCGUUCAAUCGUUCUAGAAGCAAUAUUCACAUUUGAACCAUCGGAGGACUUUAUCAACUACACCAGAUUGAUCACGUCGAAAUGUCCGAACCUGAGGUUCUGCUCAUUUUUCUGUACAUCGGAUUUGAUGAAUGUGUUUCCAAAAGAUUUUGAGGUUUUUUUGGAAACGUGCAAACAACUGGAGGGCAUAAUACUUCACCUGGAUGAUCAAGUAGACCAGUCAAGAUUUUUUGAAAUUCUAGCAAACAAAGCGCCUGACACGUUGAAAUUAUUAUUGAUUGAUUGUAACGAUGAGAACUGGUGCUUUUCCUCGGAAGCGUUAGAAUCAUUUUUUGAGAAUUGGGCUAGCAGACAUUUAGGUCUACUCUCGAUUUUUUUUUGCAAUGACGACGCCUUCUCCAACGAGGAAUAUGAUAUAUUUCAGAAGUACGUCAACAGAGGUGUAGUAAAGUUGGGUAGAAUCGAUGACAUCGAUGACAUUGAACUUUUGAAAGAAAUUGAAGGAACCUUUGAGUGGGCGUAA